UUUUUUUUUAGUGCAAUGCCAUACAUAUUCGAGUUUAUUUGAGUUUCGCCAGACUGUCUAGAUCUAAAAGCCAGAAACAGGCAAAAAAUAAAUUGAUUGCAAUUCGUUUUAAGUUUUUAUUUAUUUGUCUAUUAAGCACCAAGUUAAAGUGUCUAUAUUUGAUUUUUGUCAUUUCUAUCUGUGCUUUUAAAAUGUCACCUUACGGACCAGAGCAUCAGUAUUUGUUAAGAACAGUGGCUAGUCGUGGUGUAGUUACUGUUGAAAAUGCUAACCAAAUAUUAGCAUCUUUUGGAGUGAAUGACUUUGUCAUUCAAAACCUGGUUACAGAAAUAAAUACAAAUAUCAGGCCUCUUCAACAGUCUAUCAAAAUAACUAAUGAUGAGUUUACAUCUGAGGAAGUUUUAGUGUUUUUGUCUCAUGGAUAUGAUGAUGCUACUAAAUCACAAAACAUAUUUUCUGCUACAGAACUAGAGUAUUUUAGAGUUUUAAUUGAGCAAAUUAUGAGUACAGAAGGUAGACAGCUAACAAGUAUUCAUGCUCUUAAUUUAGUGGGUAGUAUGAAAUCAUCAUUUACCAAAUUGAAUGCUCAGAAACUUCUUGAUACAUGGUGCAGAAUGAAAUACUUGGACAAGGAGGAAAAUAACUAUGCCCUUGGUGUUAGAACAAUACAAGAGUUUGAGGGCUAUUUGAGAGAGAAUAUGCCUGAUACAAUUGAGGAAUGCUUUUUGUGUAAGCAAAUAGUGUUUAGGGGUUAUAAUUGCAUAGCAUGCGCCAAAGCUGUGCACACACGCUGCUUAUAUAAAUAUUUGGAGAAGGUGCAUAAAUGGCCCUGUUGUAAAACAGAUUUUAAUGAAGAGCAAUUACAGAAUAUUAACAACCAAGAAAAUUCUAGAUUAUUUCAAAGCCAGCCACAGAAUCUCAAUGAAGUGGAGAAUGUAGAAGAAGACGCUUCACUAGAGAGAUCAGAUGAACUUACGCAGGAAGUAUCGACGCAAGAUAUAAUUCCUGAGGUGUCGCAACGAGUGUCGAAAAAACGCAAAAGGCAGUAAAGGAUUUCGGAGUUUUUUGUAAUCCCUGUGGGUUUGCUAAGAGACGUGGGCCCUUGUUUAUAGUCGGCACACCCGAUGACUCUCCUAUUUAAAACAAUACAAAAGAGGAUGGCGAGAAUGCAUGUAUUUUGGGACCCACUGAAAUAAGUGGCGUACAUCAUGGAACCUUAUUAAUAAUUGUAGAACGUAACAAAACUAAGAAAAAAGCAAGUAAGUCUAAAAAAGUGGGCUAAGAUAUACCUAAAAGUAAAAUAUAACCUAAAAAUAAUUAAUCAAUAUCUAUUAUUCAAUCAAUAAUUUGUAUCUUAGGACUAUGCCUAACCGUCUGUUAAAAGAUUCACAAUUCAUUAUUUUUUCAAGCAGGUAUCGAAUCUUUUAAAGAUACUUACCUACCGAUUUUAGUAUCAAAUAAAUAAUAGUUAAAAAAAACUAAAAAGCACGCUUUAUUCUUAAUUUUUAUAAAAAACAACUAAAAAAUAGGAAAUAAAUUUAAAUUGAAAAUAGUGUAAAAAAAAUAUAUUUUAUUGUAAAAAAUGCGUGGGGUGCUUUUUAAGAUAUUAUUAAAAUAAUAAUUCUUCUACACCCCACGCUUUUUUUACAAUAAAAUAUAUAUUUUUUACACUAUUUUCAAUUUAAAUUUAUUUUCUAUUUUUUAGUUGAAUUUUAUAUAAAGCGUGUUUUUUUAGUUUUUUUUUAACAGUUAUUUUUUUUUUCAUUUUUUAGUUAAAUUUUCUAUAAAAGCGUAUUUUUAAAACAAUAUAAGUACUUUAACAUCAAUUACUGCCUUAUCGACUAUAGAUGAAAAUUAUAUAAAUUAACAAAAAUCAUAUUUUGCAAAUUGAAAAAUUGAAUAAUUUUAUGAAAUCAGUGUAAUGUCAUCGGUCCUCGAUAAUUCUACAAAGUUUGAAAGAAAUCUAGCCGUUUAAAGUGGGUCAAAAUCGCGCCCAAAGAAGUCGGUUACAAACAUACAGGUGAAGCUAAUAUAAAGCGUAUAAAAACGAUAAUAAUCAUAUUGAAUCUUAUUGUGAAUUACUGAUUUGAUUAGGUAUAGAUGGUUUGAUGGUGUCGGAACAUCCAUUUAAUAACAAGGACUGUGAUGUCAAAUAAAUGUAAUGAGAUGUCAGUUGCGCAAAACGUUCCGUUAGUGCAAGAUGACCUAUUUUUUAAAAAAAUAUAUUAAUUUAUUUAUUUUGACUCCCAUAUCUUAGCCCUUCAAUAAUUUUUGUAUAAACAUCGUAUAAACUUAUGUUUAUAAUUAAUAUAAACUUGUACUUGUACGAUGCUUCCUUAAUUUUUCUAUUAUGUGGGUCCAUUCUCGCCAUCCUGCUUUCAUUUUCAUUCAUAUUUAUUUGAUAUUAGAUACGUAAAUAUGAAAUCUCUGUCUGUCUUGUUUUUGCAUCUAGUUUGGAUUUUGGUAUUUGUUUCCGAAAAGUGGUAUUGAUAAAACUGGCUUCAAAAAUAAUUAUGGGCUAAUCAAUUUUGAGUAAAUAAAUUUUAUUUAUUAUUGGUGGUGGUGGUUAGCGAUCCUACCUACUAAGCUAGAGGUCCCGGGUUCGAAUCCCGGUAGGUGGAAGCAUUUAUAUGAUGAAUAUGGAUGUUUGUUUCCGAGUCAUGGAUGUUUAAAUGUAUUUAUGUAUGUUUAAGUAAGUAUAUUGUAUUAAAUAUAUCAUUGUCUUGUAACCCAUAACACAGGCUAUAUAUGCUUAACUUGGGGCAAGAUAAUUUGUGUAAAAAGUGUGUCAAUAUUAUUAUUGUGUUAAUAAACUUGUUAAUUAUUAGGGAUUUCAGUAUUUCAUUAUACGUAUCCCUAAUUUUAAAUGAAUGCCUUUUAAAAAUUGUUAAUUUGAUAUGACUUAAAACAAUUACAAUUGGUUUGUUAUAAUGCUAUGUGAUGGUUAUUAAAUCUGAAGUAUACACAAAAAUAUUAUUUUUAUAUCAUACACAAAAAAAAAGUUAAACAUUAGAAGCAAUAACAAUAAUUAUUAUAAACCAAAAUAUAGUACGUAUUCACAUUGGUAUGUUAUUGUUAACAAACAGUUUGUGAUCUUGCCAAAAGUAAUAAAUGUAUCGUUCUCAUCUCUAUUUGAUUUGAUUUGAAUCUAUGAGCUCUGAUUUAACUAUGUUUUGGCUUUGAUUUGGAGCUUAUUAUUUUCAACAAUGAGAUCUAAUAAAGGUUGGGCGCAUCACGUGACUUAGAAGCGUCACAGUUUGUUCAAUAUUACGAAAAGCAAUAAGAAUUGUCUUAAUGUGUCCAAUUACAAAAAUCGCGUGACUCGAAGGCGUCAAAAUGAGACGCUUUUAUUAUUUUUAAAAGUACGUCUGGGACUAUUAAUUGUGUGAUGAACAUUUUUUUUCUGUGCAUCAUUGUAAACCUUCCUUUAUCAGGUGUAUACUUACUCUUCCUACAGGCUCUGUUUAUUUUGAUAUCAGAUAGUACUACUAACACUCCUACUUAAUUUUGGCCGUUUCUGUUUUAUCUCAAGAUAUUACGUAAUAGCUUAUUAACUAACAUUUAUAUAUGAUUUUUAGGUUUUUUUGACGUUCACAUUUUGUCGUGUUUCUCAGUAUUCCGGUUAGACAAUUUCUAACUAAAUAUACCAUUGUAAUCUAGAGAUUAUAAGGAAUAAAUCAAUAUAUGUUUCAAUCUGUUUCUCGAGCAAAAAAAAAUAUCUCCUUUGUUUACGAAAAUUUUGUCAAUGAAAAACAAAAGCUGUCUUCUUUUUGUUAUAGUUUUAAUAACGCCAUCCUUUUAACAAAAAUAAGCAUCAUUUUUAACUUAUUUUUUAUUGCCUGCUAUUACUUAAUUUUUGUAUAUUACAGUAUAAUUGGACGUAGUUCCUGAAAAACGUUCCAAGCCACGAACAUCACAUUUUAAGGAAUUCAAGGAAUUUUAAUAAAUAUUAGCAUAUUCCGUACAUGUGGGUUAGGCUAUUAGAGUCAUGAUGUCAUUUAAAGAGUUACAGUAGUGCUGCCAUUUUUUGUCAGUCCAUUAAUAUGAAUCACGUGACCAGUUUUGUGUUCUUAACCCAAUUUCGACAUGAUUGUGGUUUGGAACGUUUUUCUGGAAUUAUAUCCAAUUUAGGUUCAGGUAUUUUUUCAAUAAAAUUCUAUCUAGGUGAUAA